GUACCUGACUCACUUGCAGUGUUGCCUACUGCGGGCAGGAAGUACAACACUUGCCCAAUUUUUGAAAAUAUAUAUUAUUAAUGUUAAUAAUUUAAUUUUUAUUAAUUAAUUCAUAAUUUUUUUUUUGUUUUAAAAAUUAUUUGUGCAUUUAUCUAAAAUUUUAUUUCUUUAUUGUGAGUGAUUAAUAAUAUUAAACAAUUAUUAAUGAUUUAUUUGUUAAUGGAAAAUAGAAAAUAUUUUUACAAAAUUUAAUUAUUAUUUAUUUAAGAAAUUUUUUUUUGUUUUUUUUAAAUUUUUAAUUGUGUUUUUUUUGGUUCGUUGUAAUUUAUUUUUAAAUACUUGACUUUUAAAAUGUAUAUUACUACGCAUGGUGGGUGACACUUGGGGGAGGUGUCCCUUGGAGUUUUUAAAUUGACCGGGAAAAUUAUUUUUUUUAGUUUUUUUUUAUAAUUAAAAUUUAAAUAGUUUUUUCUUAUUUUUUUUUUUCGUUUUGUUUUUUUUUUUAUUUUUUCGUUAAACUUUGAAAAAAGGGUGGGUGUUUUUAUUUUUUUACAAGUUUUUUGGAAGAGUUUAAGGUAAUUGUUUUUUUGCAAGAAUUUUUGGUGUUUUUUUUUUCUUUAAUUUGUGUAUCUGGCUACAUAUCUAGGCUCAUAUUGACCAGAAAUAUUUUUAUUUUAAUUAUUAUUUUAAUUGUGAUAAGUUUUGGGGGUGAUUAUUGAUAGUGUUGUGAAUGGAAUAAAAUUAGGUGCCUAAAAAUGUAUCAAUAAACUAGUGCCUAAUAAUUCGUGCAAUAACGAAUAAAUGUUUUAUGAAAAAAAAAUCAACAAAAAUCAAUGAGUAAUUAAAAAGGGUGAAUAAUUUUGAAAUAAAAAAAAAUAUAAAAAAAGUGAAAUAAAAAAAUGUAACAUCACAAAAGUUUAUAAAAAUUGUGAAAAAUAAAGCACAGCUAUAAUAAUAAAAACAGUUUUAAAAUUUAUAAAUUGAAUUAAAAAUAUAUAGACAUGUCUCAAAUAAUGCUUUGCAAUCUUGCAAACACCUCAAAUGCAGGAAAUGAUACAAAUAAUAACGUAAAUACAAAUAGCAGUAUGGAGGACGACGACUCUUAUACACUGCCCACAAUUUAUCGGGUUCGUGCUCCAAUAGCAAGUUUAGAUUGCAUGGAAGAAUUUAAUGGUGGUGUAUCUGCCAGUACAACACAGCAAAGUACUAAAGAACAAUUAUUAUCAGCAUGUUUGUCAGCACAGGGACAACGUUCACAACCAUCACCUGGUAUCAGAUAUCGUAAUUUGGGAAAAAGUGGUCUUCGUGUAUCCAACGUUGGACUGGGUACAUGGACAACAUUUGGUGGUAUCGGUGGAUGUAAUAACGAGGAAGCAGCCGAGGCUGUUGUGGCCUUGGCCUACGACAGUGGUAUCAAUGUGUUCGACCUCAGCGAGGCCCACAGUGGUCACCGUGCCGAAACAGAACUUGGACGAAUCCUAUUACGUCGUGGCUGGCGACGUUCCAGUUAUAUUGUUACAACCAAAAUAUACUGGAAUACCAAAUCAGAAGGACGUGGACUGUCUAGAAAACAUAUUAUUGAAUCCGUUCAAACGUCAUUAGCAAGACUUCAGUUGUCAUAUAUUGACAUUGUUAUGAUACACAAGGUCGAUCCAAUGUGCCCAAUGGAAGAAAUUGUACGUGCAAUGAAUUAUGUUAUUAGCAAAGGCUGGGUAAUGUAUUGGGGUACAUCUAGAUGGACACCAGUUGAAAUAAUGGAAGCAUAUACAAAUUGCCGACAAUUUAAUUGUGUUACACCAAUUGUCGAACAAGCUGAGUAUCAUUUAUUCUAUCGAGAUAAACCAGAACUCUACAUGCCUGAAUUAUACAAUAAAAUUGGGGUUGGUCUUAUGGCAUGGUCAACAGUUACAAUUGGAAUGGUAUCAUCAAAAUCAGAAGAUUGUGGAAUGUCUCUACUUUCACGUUCUUCCUACAAGAAUAAAUAUUCAUCGUUCAGUUGGACAGAAGAUGAAACACAAUCCCUCUACAAAGAGGGUCGUCGUGAUGUUGCAACACAAGAAGUUAACUGGAAAGAUAAAAAUCCAGAUGAAGAACCAAGAAAAUAUUCUGAUAAAUUUCGUGAUGUUUGUGCAUUAGCUGAAAGACUUGGUUGUUCAUUUGGUCAAUUAGCAAUAGCAUGGUCAUUAAAAAAUGAAAGUGUACAGUGUCUUCUUCUUGGUGCAUCAACAAUUGAACAAUUAUAUGAAAGUCUUCAAAGCCUUCAACUUAUACCAAAACUUAAUACAAAUAUGAUGAAUGAAAUUGAGCGUAUAUUAGAAAAUAAACCGUCCCGGCCACCAAUGAUAUCAACGCUAGCGCUUAGAUGACAAUCGAUGUGCCCCCAUGGAAGUAAUGGGGGCUCGAUGGAGGAUGGUGCUGGAAGUCCAAAAACUGAUGUAGCACAAAUAAAUGAACCGGAAUCGACCAAAGAUUUGACCAAUAAAGUACCAUUUUGUGUUAUACAGUGAGACAUAUUUUAUUAUGUCAAUGUUAUACCAUCCAAUAUCGUUCAAUUUAAAAAUUUAUCUAGUCAUUUAUUUUAUUUAUUUAUAACAAUAAAAAAAAAACUAAAUCUACUACUCAAUAAUUAUUAUUAAUGAUACUAUUAUUUUUAUUUUCUAUGACAAUACAUUGACGUUUCUAUAUCGAAAUGAAAUUUAAAAAAAAGUAUAAUUAAAUUCUAAAUGAAAAAAAAAAACACACGAAUGACGUCAUGAUAAUUAAUUAAUUUAUAAAUAAAUUUUGAAAUAAAAAAAGAGAUAAUAAAUAAUUAAUCUUUUAAUUAAAAGUUUGAAAAUGAUAUUAAUUAUUAAAUCAAACUUUAUUUUUAUUUUUUUUUCUCUAAAUAAUCAUUAAAAAUAAUACUAUAACGAGUUCUUGUUUAAAUUAAAAUAAUUAUUUUUUUUUUAUUUUUAAAUUAAAGCUUUACUGUGGUUUUAUAGAAAAAUUAAAUUAUAUUUGAUUGUAUUUAUAAAUUAAAUUAUAGAUUAUUUAACAAAAAAUUUUUUUAGAAAUUAUGAGUAAAAUUAAGUAAUUGAUUAUUGAUUCAUACGAUUUUGAAUCUUUGAUCAUUUUUAUUUUUGAUAAAUUCAAUGGGAUAGAUGAUAAAAAAAAAAUAAUAAAAUAAGAUUUUAGUGUAUUUAUUAUUUUUGAAUUUUACUUGAUUUAAUAUAGUAAUGGAAUUUAGUAAGAGUUAGAAAUUAUUAAGAAAAAUAUUUGAUGAGUAUGAAGAAUGAAGGAAAUAAAAAAUUAAAAAAUAAAUUAAUUACGAAAUAAAUUAAUUAAAAGGUGUGGACUUGAAAUAAAAAAUUUGUUCAAGAGUGCUUAAUCGUCCAACGAGCACUAGUCCCUCCAAUAAAUAUUUCUAAUUUUAUUCAUUGCUCACGUUUAUAGAUCGCUGUAGAAUAAACGAUAAUUAGUAAAAAUAAAAAAUAACCAUACGAUAAAAAAAAAAAAAACAAAAAAUUUAAAUAACUUUGUCAAAUAGCAAGAAUUAAAAUAAAAAAUAAAAGUACUUAUAUAAUGCUAUAAAUAAAUUCACCAUGCGAUUAUCGAAAAUUUAAAUUAUUUAUCAGUGAUAAAAAAAUAAAAUAAAUGAUAAAUUUCUAGUCGAUGAUAAUAGGGUAAAACGUUAAUAACAAAUUCAAUAAAUAUAAUAGGUAAAAAAUAAAUAAUAUAAUUGAAAAAUAAAUAAAACCAUUAAAUCCUUAAAUAAAAAAAAUUAUAAAUAUUAUUUCAAAAAUAAUAACUCGUUUAAAAACAUGAAUAAAUAAGGUAAUAAAUCGCGCAAAUGACUGGCAAUAAAUUACAAUCCAAUGCCUGUUUGCUUGAUAAUAAAAAAAAAAUAAAAGGAACAAAAAAAUAAAUAAAGAUAAUAUUAUGAAAAAAUUUAAACUAAAUAGAUAUUUAAAAAAUAUUAAAAAAUAUUUUCCACGUAAGAAAGAAUACUAGGGCAUAGGAGGAUUUUCAAUUUAAUAUAAUAAUAAAAAUUAUUUAAAAAAUAAAUUAAUAAUACGUUGAAUCGCAAACUAACAAUAUAUUUUUUAUCGCAAAAAAAAAAAUCUAAUAUUAAAAUAUAAAAAUUGAAUAAAUAAAUGAAAAAAAGACGAAAAAAAAAAAAAAAAGGUAGAAAAAUUCUAUAGACUGCCUUAAGAUCAUGAUGAAUAAGAAAAAAUUUUAAUGAAAAAUAUUAAUAAUUAAUAAUAAAUUUAAUAAUUAAAAUAUUUAGAAAAUGACGAUUUACAUUUCGUUAGAAAUUUUUUUCAAAGAAAAAUUAUCUUUGGUCUUUCGCCAAGCUUUGCAGCCUUCUUAGAUUUAUACAUGCAUAAAUCCCUCGGUAAAUAAACCGAUUUGAUAAAAAAAAAAAAA